AACCAACCUAAGUUCAUUUUUAAGUGAACUAGAGCAACAUGACCAAGACAAAGACAAAAUUCCAUAGGAGAAUUGUGUCCAAGGACGGCCACAACAAUGUCCGCAUCGACAACGUGGAGGGAAUGGUCAAGAUGUAUCUGCAUGACAUCUGGACUACAGUGGUGGACAUAAAGUGGCGUUACAAACUCACUCUGUUUGCCUCCACCUUCAUCAUGACGUGGUUCAUUUUCGGGGUCUUCUUCUACUUCAUCGGGAUGGGGAAUGGAGACUUUGAAGCUGGGCAGAAUUCCAGCCACAUACCGUGUCUGAUGAACGUGGAGACGCUCACGGGAGCCUUCCUGUUCUCUCUGGAGUCACAGACCACCAUCGGUUACGGCUUCCGUUAUAUUUCGGAGGAGUGUCCUCUGGCCAUCUUCACUCUGGUGGCCCAGCUCGUCAUCACGGGCCUGGCCGAGAUCUUCGUCACGGGGGCCUUUCUGGCCAAGCUGGCGCGGCCCAAGAAGAGGGCGGAAACCAUCAAGUUCAGCAAGUCGGCGGUGAUCUGCAGGCACCAGGGCAAGACGUGUCUGAUGGUGAGAGUGGCCAACAUGAGGAAGAGUCUCCUGAUCCAGUGCCAGCUCAACGGGAAGCUGUUUAGACCCAACGUGACGGAGGAAGGCGAGAAGACACAAAUCCACCAGUGCUCAAUCAAUUUCUGCAUGGACUCCAGUGGAGAGUGUCCUUUCCUCAUCCUCCCACUCACUUUCUACCACAUUCUGGACGAGCACAGCCCGCUGGCAGGACUGACGGCAGAAAACCUGCCCACGCAGGAUUUUGAGCUGCUCGUAACCCUCAACGCCACCAUGGAGUCCACGGCGGCCACGUGUCAGAGCCGCACCUCCUACAUACCCCAAGAAAUCCUUUGGGGUUAUGCGUUCAAGCCAGUGCUUUUCAGUACGCCCAGGGGUCGUUAUGUGGCAGAUUUCAACUUCUUUGACCAACUACAAGUGUGCAAGGACACAGCCCUUCUUAGAAACAGCACAGAGAAGCUGAAGCUGGAGGACGAGUAGCCUAUAAGACGGACUAGUGGACAUGUUUUCCCUCCUCACAACUGCUGUUUGACCACUGAUAAAGUUCAUUGACUUGUACAGGUAACAGGGAGUGCAUCAUAACAGCAUAACAACAACGUCCCCUGAUUCAAACACUCUUUUCUGUUUUAUCAUGCGAAAGUGUGUUUGGGUUUUUUUUGUUUGUUUUUGUAACCAUAACCCAUCCAUCCAUCCAUCGUCCGCUGCUUAUCCGUUCCCGGGUCGCGGGGGCAGCAGCCUCAGCAGAGAUGCCCAGACUUCCUUCACCCCAGACACUUCCUUCAGCUCCUCCGAGGG